AUGUCACAAGAAUUCAUAAGAAAUUGUCAAAUAUCAACGAUCGAAUAUCUACCAAAUGAACUUUAUCUAUGGAUAUUUUCCUAUUUGAAACCAAAUGAUAUUCUUUAUUCGUUUUUCAAUUUGAAUUAUCGGUUUCAACGUUUAAUUGAACCUUACUUUUAUUCAAUUGAUUUAACAAACAUUUCUUAUACACUCUACAACACUUUCAUACGUACUAUUUUCCCAUCCGUUUACGUACAACAUAAUCAUACACUACAAUUGGGUGGAAAUGCAUGUUGUUCAUCGAUAUUUAUAGAAGAACUUUUUACAUUUAAAUAUUUAAAGUUAAAGUCACUUUCCUUGACAAAUGUAUUUAGUGCAACGUCAAUAUCAUCAUAUUUACAAACAAUUCGAACACUAAAAGAAUUUAAUAUUAAAUUGGAUCUCCAUUUCUCACUGAAUAAAACAAAAGAGUCAUUUUUUGAAGAUUUAUUGCGUAAUAUAUUUGUUAACAAUUGUGAAUUAGAAAAAUGUUCAAUUGAUAUUUCAUUGUGGCCAAUAUUUCCGUCUUUUCCAUUGGAAUUACAACCAUGUUGGACUCUCAAACAGUUAACAAUUCAUCUUGCACAUUGUUCAUCACAAAUUAUUACUUUAUUAACUUUGGUACCAAAUAUUGAAUAUCUCUAUAUUAAACAACAUAUUGGUUGUCGAGAUAAAAGAACAAAUGAAACAAAUGAUAUGAAAAAUAUGGAAAUUAUAAAUGUGUCAAAAUUAAAAGUAUUUUCAUUUCAAACAUUGUUGUUAUCAUCUUUAGAUGGAUUAUUUAUCGAAUGUUUGUUAACUAAAUUGAAGAAAUUAGAAGAAUUAACAUUAAUAAUAUCGGAAUAUAAUACGCCCAAUAAUUGGUUUGAUGGUAAUUAUUUGACAUCAACAUUUUUAAAUAAAUUAAAAUAUUUAGAAAAAUUUCAAUUUUAUUUUCAAGAUACAAAUUUUCAAUUAAAUUUUUUUAAUCCCGAUUUAAUUAUUUCAACAUUUAAUACAGAUUUUUGGCUAUCACGACAAUUGUCAGUCGGUUGUCAUAUUCAUUUAAAUAAAGUUUGUGCAGUUUAUUCACUUCCUUAUGGAUGUAUAACAGAUUUACCAUCAUUUUCUGAUGGAUUAUUAAAUUGUCGAUUCAAUAAUGUUAUAAGAAGAAAUAAUGUAUGGAAGAAUGUAACCAGUGUUCAAAUUUUAAAUUCAUUAUCAAAAGAAACGUUUACAUUAUUAAAUACGACAUUCAAAUCUGUGAAUAGUUUAACGAUUUUUAAUUAUAAUCAUGAAAAAAUUGAUACUAAUUGCAAGAUUCAAUUAAUUCAAGAAUUACUUUCUUCAACACCAAAUUUACAAAGUUUAGAAAUAUUUACUAAAUUACUGCUAGAUAUUAGUCCAAAUUCUUGUUAUCCAAAAAUUGUUGAAUUAUCUUUGAUUAAAAAUACAAAUGACAUUAAUUUUAAUCUAUUAUCAACGUAUUUUCCCCAUAUAAAACGUUUUCUAUUAACAAUUGUAAAUGAAUAUCAAUCAUAUAUUGACUCAAUAUCGAAUGAUUUGGAUUUUACACUGAACGUUUGGUUAAAACAACAACAACAACAUUUAAUGUAUGUGGAUAUUCGAACACGAAAUCAUAGUAAAGAAAUAUUAUUUACUCAGCGUCAGACACAAAUAACGAAAAUGAUAGUUGAAAAAUAUUUGAAUAACAGAGAAUUCCAUUUAGAAAUGUCAAAGAAAAGACUAAGAUUAUGGUUAUAA